AGCCAGCCAUUGCAGGGUCCUGUCACCAGCAAUCGGGUGGGCGGGCCUGAACGUUAUCAGCAUGUUGCAGAGGGUCACAUGACCGCUGACUUUGAUUGCUGCUGCAGCCGCACAGAGCGCGCCGCCUUUAUCAGCAAACCGCACGCUUUUUUUAAACACACAAAUCAUCCUGUCAGGCCCCUCAUAUCUGAUUGGACUAUUUCUACCAAAAACUCUUCCAGUGUCCCUACCCAAGUGGCCGGAGCCAGGACCAGGACCAGGACCAGGACCAGGACAAGUGAGCUGCGUCCCGUGAAGAGUAGCGCUCAGCGACCUUCAGCCGCUGAGGAAUCACCUGCUAUCAGGACUGGUCCGGAUCGGGAGGUGGGUCUGAGGCUGACGAUGCUGUCUGCUGCCAUGCAGAUCCUGGCGUUCGCCCUGGCACUGCUGGGAAUGGUGGGCGCCACUGUGGCCACGCUACUGCCCAACUGGCAGGUGAGCAUCAAGGUGUGGUCCAGCAUGGUGGCCCCCAUGUGGCACACACGGGGGCUUUGGAUGGACUGCGUGUGGUACGGUGCCGGCGUUUUCAGCUGCACCAUGAAGAACUCCCUCCUGUCCCUGCCACCCUACCUACAGACCACCAGGGCCGCCAUGGUCCUGUCCUGCAUGGUGGCGGCCUUUGGACUGUGCCUGGCCUCUCUGGGGCUCAAGUGCACCCGCUGGGGGGGCGGCCAGCGGGCCAAGGGGCACACAGCCGUCGCUGCAGGGGGCUGCUUCAUCCUGGCCAGUGCACUCUGCCUUGGUCCCGCCUCCUGGUUCACCUCGGAGGUCGUUGCCACCUUCCUGAGCGCCGACUUGCCAGACGGCAGCAAAUAUCAGCCGGGGGGGGCGCUCUGCGUCACCUUCAUCUCUGCUGGCUUCCUCCUGGCGGGAGGAGUUAUCUUCUGCUUGUCCUGUCCGAGUCAAGGAUCAGUCCAGCUGGACUACCCGUCCCACGUGGACCCAGACAGAUUUAUGCUGGCCCAAGAGGAGCGGUGCCGUCCACAAGCGCCCAGUAAGAGCCCGAAAACAGCUGGAAUGGACAUGAAGGUGGAUGCAGAGAAACAUCCAGAAGCACCGAAAACGAGCUAUGUCUCCCUCUCCAAAAUGUCCCCCAAAGACCUGAAGGACAGUUACACCCUGCAGGAGUAUGUCUGACCCACAAGGAGAUUCAUUUCUUUUAUCACAAAGACAAAAGGCUGUGUGAGAUGUUCAUGUCUUCUGUCCAGUCCUGACAUAACAAUAAUUCCUAAAGACAUCCAGAUUCCACAGCCUGCACGUUCAUUCCGUCUUUUCCUCACAGCCCAGGAGGACACCAGCGAGGCAGUGCAGCGUGGAGGACGCUAAUGAUGCUCUUUGCUUUCCAUUAUCUUCUGACGCGCCUCAGUGCACACACACACACACACACACACACGUCAUUGAAUGUUCCGGAGGACAUCUAAAUGGGCGGGUCUUAUAAGCUGAGCGUUGUUUCUCAGGAAACGACAAAAACAAUUUUUUAGAUGUGAAAGCUAAUCUUUGCCUUGUGUCUUUGUCCUGUUCUGAUAUUCCACGUGAAUGUUAAGACAUGUUUUAGACAAACAUGGAAGAAGCAUAUUGUUGUCAUAAUUCAUUAAAAGCGAAAUAAAUGUACUUCCUCAUAGUCCUCAUACAAUAACAAAGAUGUUAAAACAGUCAAAAGUGGUGACGUCAUUGUUCAGUAGCAAAAAGAAUAAAUGAUGAUUUACCUGCUUGAUGAUAGAUUGUCCUCCUGCUGGGUGCUGCCCCCUGCAGGUAAACACAGUUGCUACAUCAACCUAACGAUGAACCAAAACAUUUCCAUCCAUCCAUCUUCUAUGCUACUUAUCCUCAUUAGGGUCGCAGGUAUGCUAGAGCCUAUCCCAGCCGACAUCGGGUGAGAGGCGGGGUACACACUGGA